GUGGGAGCAGCUCCAGUCAGUGUCCUUUUAUCCCUCGGACACACCACAGCAGCCGGAAGAGGAGAGGGAUUUGGAUACGGAGACUUGCUGGACUGUGGGAGGACAGCGCUGCGACCAGGAUGAACUUUGCUGCCCAGUUAUUCUACUCCAGCUACUUGAGCGAGCGACUUGAGCGUUUGUACUCACCCAGGCCUGCACUUAAAGACAGCGAGGAGAAUGACCCCUUCUGGCAGAGGGAGGAGUUGCGUCUGGGCCCCAGCCAGCCUGGCGGCUCGUACAAAUGCGGCCCUGUCAGCAAUGGCACUGCAGGCCGCAGACCCACCCUCAUUGAACCAGAGCGCCUGAAGGACUUUGGCGAGGAGGAGCUUCUCAAUGGCGAUGUGAAGGUCUUUGACACCAAGAUGGUGGGAGGUCCUGAGAUCAUGCUUAUGGAGCCCCCGAAAACCAGACGCGUCAGCGAGUUUAGGAUUUUCCCCAAACCCCAGUACCUCCGCUUUGAGGACAUCAGCGCCGCGGCCUUCAGGAUCCAGACAGGGAUACAGAAGACCCCCUGCACGUACUCCAGGCUGUCCAAACAGUACGGGAUGGAGAUCUACCUGAAGAAGGAGCACCUGCAUUACACAGGCUCUGUGAAGGAGAGGGGAGUCCUGUACCUGCUCACCUCCCUCACACAGGAGCAGCAGAGGAAAGGUGUGAUCGUGGCCACCGACUGUAACUUCUCCAUGGCCGUGGCUCACCACGCCGUGGAGCUGAAGAUCCCGGUGUUUGUCAUCAUGCCGUCGUGCUGCUCCUCGCCUCGCCUCAGGAUCUACAGGGACUACGGUGCAAUGGUCAUCUCCUAUGGCAGCACUGGCCACGACUCCCAGAACCACGCUCGCCAUCUGGCCAAAGAGAACGGAUACCUCUACCUGGAAGAAGAUGAAAGUGCGGCGUACCUGGCAGGACUGGGCACUGUGGGCAUGGAGAUCUAUGAGCAAGUGUCCAAACUGGAUGCAGUGGUCGUUCCUGCAGCCGGGCAGUACGGUCUACUGGCCGGCACAGCUGCAGCCAUCAAACACCUCAACUCGCAAAUUCUUGUCAUAGGAAUCGAGCCGGAAGGUUUCCCUCUGCUGGUACAGUCUCUGAAAACUGACAGUCCAGUCAAAGACAUGAACAGCAACCCCAACAAGAAACUGUAUGGAGAUCUUAUGGAGCGUUCGCUGGGUGUUAACACCUUCCAGCUGGCAAAGAAACUAGUAGAUAAAGUCAUCUCCGUCAGUGAGGAGGACUGCUUGGUGGCGAUGCUGCGGUUUCAGGAGUUUGAGCGCUCCACCGUGGACACGGAGGGAGCCAUGGGACUGGCUGCCAUCUUGGCUGGACAACUACCAGAACUGAGAGGCAAAAGGGUCGCUGUGGUGGUGAGCAGCGCUAACAUGGAGCUGGAGCUGGUGAGGCAGUGCGUGGACCGAGCCCUGGUGCUGGACGACCGGGUCAGUAAGUUCUCUGUGCAGCUGGGAGAGUGGCCAGGAGACAUGGCGAAGCUGCUGGACGUCCUGUCCAGAGAGGACGUCAGGUUGUUGGAUGUCUGCCAUCGGAGACAAAGCGACAAGUCGGACCUCUUUAAGGCAAAGGUGGAGUGUGUGGUGGAAACCAGGGAUAAGACACAGAGCGCUCAGCUGCGCAGGACACUGAGUGAGCGCUACCCCUCUAUAUGCUGGCUGGACCGGUGAUCACAACGACAACACGAGCACACACUAUGUUUAUGAUAGAAAACUAACAAAGACAAGUAAACGACAUAUUCAGAAACUGUGAGACGACGUGCAAACACACCCUGUAACAUACGCUACUAUGAUAUAUGAACUCUGUUAUAGGAAUCUCAUUAAGACUGGCUGUUAAGCAAACCUAAGCGUGUACAGAAAAGCCAUGAGAUUAUAGAGCAAAUACUCUUCAGAUGUCUUCUAUUAUACGUAUGCUGCUGUUGUUCUUUCAUCAUGGCAAACUGUAUUUAAAGUGGUUAUCUGCAUUCAGAAGAUGAUUAUAGUUCGUAUAGUUACUCACAGAGUAUGAAUCAUAUACUGUAGCUGCAGGCGUACUCCUCUCCUCUUUCUCAAGUAACUACAGGCGAUACACCUCCCUAAACCACCAGCAUAAAAGAUGAAGAUUUUUCAAUCCACAUUGUUUUUAAAUUGUUGUACAUAUUUCUGUAUUUAUACUGUCUGAGAUGGUAGAGUCGAUCCAAGUACGUGUUCUCCGAAUAAAAAUGG